GGGAUGGCGGUGGCACCGUCCGGCCGCCGCGGUGCCCCGCCAGGGCCCAGCGCUCGUGCCCGCCUUCGGGCCUCAGGCGGCGGCUGCGAGCCCUGGUACGGCGGUGCGGGGCGGCAGCUGGCGCAGCGCUGCCCGGGCGGGAAGGCAGGCGGGAGAUGCCGAAGCUGCGCGGAGAGGCCUUCUGGAGGGAGACGCUGCGGAGCGCCCACUAUGUGGUGGCGCCCAUGGUGGACCAGAGUGAGCUGGCCUGGAGGCUGCUCAGCCGGCGCCACGGUGCCCAGCUGUGCUACACGCCGAUGCUGCACGCCCAAGUCUUCCUCAGAGACGCCAACUACCGCCGCGAGAACCUCUACGGCGAGGCCUGCCCCGAAGACCGCCCGCUCAUCGUGCAGUUCUGUGCCAAUGACCCUGAAGUGUUUGUCCAAGCAGCACUGUUGGCCCAGGAUUAUUGUGAUGCCAUAGACCUCAACCUGGGUUGCCCCCAAAUGAUUGCAAAGAGAGGUCACUAUGGGGCAUUUCUGCAAGAGGAGUGGGAUCUUCUUCAGAGAAUGAUUCUGCUGGCUAACGAGAAGCUCUCUGUGCCCAUCACCUGCAAAAUCCGCGUCUUCCCAGAGAUCGCCAAGACGGUGAAGUAUGCACAGAUGCUGGAGAAAGCUGGCUGCCAGCUGCUGACUGUGCAUGGCCGUACUAAGGAGCAGAAGGGCCCACUUGCUGGUGUGGCGUCUUGGGAGCACAUUCAAGCUGUCAGAAAAGCUGUGAACAUUCCUGUGUUUGCAAAUGGAAACAUCCAGUGCCUCAGCGACGUGGAGGAGUGUAUCCGUAAGACAGGAGUGCACGGUGUCAUGAGUGCAGAAGGUAAUCUUCAUAACCCAGCUUUGUUUGAGGGCCGAAACCCCUUGGUGUGGGAGAUGGCUGAGGAGUACCUGGAGAUAGUGCAGAAGCAUCCUUGUCCCUUGUCUUAUGUUAGGGCUCAUCUCUUCAAGCUCUGGCAUCACACGCUUCAAGUUUACCAGCAGCUGCGUGAUGAGUUAGCAAAAGUGAAGACUCUGGAGGGCAUUGUAGAUGUCAACAGGGAGCUGAAACUACGGUGCCAGGAAGAAAUAGCAAACCAGAAAGAAGGAGAAAAGCCAAAAGAAGGGUUGCCUUUUUUCCACUGGAUCUGUCAGCCGUACGUCAGGCCAGGGCCAAAGGAGAGAUGCAAGGAGAAUGGUAGCAGUGAGACUGACAAAUGUGUGCGAGGGAAACGUGCUUUGGAAGAGGAGGAAGAUGGAAACUCUGAGCUUCUGUCAAAGAAUAAACAAAAGAAGAAGUUAAGAAAUCCAAAUAAAAGCUUUGAUCCAUCUUUAAAACCCAAAUAUGCAAAAUGUGACCAGUGUGGAAACCCAAAGGGCAAUAAAUGUGUGUUUAACAUGUGCCGAGGCUGCUGUAAGAAAAGAGCAUUCAGAGAGACUGCAGACUGCCCAGGUCAUGGAUUACUUUUUAAGACCAAAUAUGAGAAAUCCCUUUCAUGGCAGAGUAGUCAAAGAGCAAUUCAGAACCCAGAGGUCAGUCGGAGAGGAGAUGUAGCCGCGGGGGAGGCUGCUGACACUACUGUAUGAAGCUUUGGAAAUGAAGUGAAAGUGCCCCUGCCAGGCCUCUGCUUCCCUGGGCCAAAGAACAUGCCGUCUCCAGCUCACCAUCAGCUGUGUGAACUUGUUCCACAGGUUUCAUUUUAAGUUCUGGAAAAAUUUUAUUUAAGUAAAAGAAAGCUGCUUACUCAGGGACUUGUCCUGCAUUUGAAUAAAAAAGGAUGCAAUUCAGUUCCUCAUGCUGUCUUUUAAAGACUGAAAAUGCUGCAUUUUUUUGGGGGGGGG